UUUACACCCUCCCUGACGAGAUGCCUCCAGCUUUUGCUAGCAGCUAUACCCCAAUAGAUGAAGUUGGAAGUGAGGCACAAAAGCGUCAUCUUGCAAGGAUGAUGGCUAUUCAGAUGACUAGAGAAGGAGAGGGGCCGGGUGUUGAAUAUAUUAAAGCAGAAAAACAAAAACAAUUUGUUGAGAAACAAUCAGCUGCUAGGUCAUCUGAAGUUAGUGAUAAGGAAAAGUCUAAUGAUGAAACUAAAAAGGUUAUCGAUGAGGGAACUACAUCUUCACUCGUACAAACUGCUCAGCCACCAACAACCCAAAAAACUCGAAUUCAAAACUGGACUCUUUUCAACGCUACAAGGGAACUUUUCCACAAAGAAUCGGAGCAACUACAACUUGAUAUUUUUCAAAGGAUACUUGGAAAUGAGAAAAGAGCUGUACAAGGCGGGGCUGGUUUAGCUCAACAAAAAUUACUAAUUAGAUUGUGUACACGCUUUCGAUCCGCCUUAACUUCUGAAUUGGAAGCUACUCUACUUAAUUAUGUUAUUGAAGAACAAAAAACACGUGUUGAUUUGGCACUUCUUCAUUUAGCCGAAUUAUAUGCUCAAAUGAUGGGUCUUUUCCACCGAAUUUUCCUCGAGGCACCUUUUUUAACAUCUGGUUCAUUGAAAAUCCUCAGGAAGGCUUGCCUCGACAAAGUAUACGGCGCUUUUGCAAUUACUACUCUUCGUGAGCUAAUUUUGACUCGAGCAAGACAACGACAGGAAUUACUCCGAUUACUCAUAGAAUUUAGUUAUUUUGAACGCGUUGAUAUUCGAGAGCAUUGUGUAAAAACAAUCAAAGAACUUUAUCAGCUUGAUUUUCUCCGUUCUGAUGUCCGUGGAUUUUUAGUUGAAAUGUCAGAAUUACUUGUUGCACCAACGGCUCCCAGGGUUAUUUGGCACGCAAAUGGACGUUUGGCUAGAGAACUUGAGGAAAUAAUUGAUGAAAUGCCAUGGGAUGAAUCCCUUAUUAGGGCUGGACUUUUCCUAUUUUUGUCAUUGUUGCCACAAGAGCCUUCUUUAUUGAAGCAAUUGGCUUCGGUUUAUGCUAGAGCAGGAACGGAGAUUAAACGGGUAACUUUUCGCAGCAUAGAACAAGCCAUCAAAGCAAUAGGUAUGCAUUCAGAAGAUCUUUUAGAUAUGAUUGAAAAUUGUCAGCCUGAUGCUGAAACUUUGGUUGCUCGAAUUGUUCACUUGUUAACUGAAAGAAAUGCCCCAACACCAGCACUUGUUGAUCGUGUUCGAAAAUUACACCAGGCAAGGAAUACUGAUGUCAGAUCAUUAAUUCCAAUUUUGAAUAGUUUAAAAAAGGAAGAACUUAUAGAAUUGAUCCCAAGUUUUGUUCUCUCUGCUAAAAAUAGCAAUUCUGUUCCUAUAUUUUUCAAAAAACUUCUUUUUGGACGACAUACAGAUACAAAUCAAGCUGUUUUGAGCCCGUUUGAGUUAUUGCUUGAAUUACACAGACUUAAGGCAAAUAGAAAGGAACAAGGAUUUCUUAUGCAAAAUCUUGAUAUUCUAUUAGUUGACACUGCCCGUGAGUUUUCUUUUGGUAAAGAUGUUUUGGCUAUUGCAAUAGAAACACUUAUAAACGACAAAGUUUUCCCUGUUAUUCUCUUCUAUACAAUUCAAAAAGUGAACGAAGCACAGCCUACUUUAAAUGGAUUUUUAACUGGUUUAUUAGAAAAGAUUGCACAGCGAAAGCCGUGGACUGAGAUUGAGGGGGAUGAUACUGCUAGAGAAACUAUUUGGCAUAAAUUUGAAAUUUGUUCAAAAGCUUUAGGAUCAAAUGUGCACACUGUGAGAUUGAUUUUUUUUUAGAAAAUUUUAUUUUAGCUAGAGGUCGGUAAAAUCGCAUUUCUAGGAUCCUGUAACGGAAUUCUUUUCAAGAAUUUUUUGUUACAGGAUCCCGCGGGAUUUAUCCCGUUCGUCGCUUAAAAUACGGGAUUUCGGGACAGAAUCCCGUAAAAUCCCGUACGGGAUCCUGUCCAGUGCCGACCUCUAAUUUUAGCCUUACUGUAUCAAUUUAUAUUUGUUUCUUUUGUCUUUAUGCUUCUCAAAUUUUGAGUUAUUCUUUAUUCAUUACUUUCCGACUCAUA